UAAAAAAAAAAUUAUAAAUAAAAUAAAAUAAAAUAUAAAAAAAAUGUUGAAAUUUUUUUCCAGUACAUAAAGAGUUACCUUGCACAAUAAAUUAUGUAAAAAUUUUGUAGUUUUAGCAAAAGAACAUCCAGAAAAAGGACCUUCAUAAGGAUAUCUAACAAAUAAAUAUACAGUUAUUGAUCACACAUAUGAUGCAGUUGUUGUAGGAGCUGGAGGAGCAGGACUUCGUGCAGCUUUUGGUUUAGUUGAAGAAGGAUUUAAGACAGCUUGUAUAUCUAAGUUAUUCCCAACUCGUUCUCAUACAGUAGCAGCAUAAGGUGGUAUUAAUGCUGCAUUAGGUAAUAUGACAGAAGAUAACUGGAGAUGGCAUUUUUACGAUACAGUAAAAGGAUCAGAUUGGCUUGGAGAUUAAGAUGCUAUUCAUUAUAUGACAAAAGAAGCUCCUGCAGCAGUACUUGAAUUGGAAUCUUAUGGUUUACCAUUUUCAAGAACUCCUGAAGGAAAGAUUUAUUAAAGAGCUUUUGGAGGACAAUCACUAAAGUUUGGAAAAGGAGGUUAAGCAAGAAGAACAUGUGCUGCAGCAGAUAGAACCGGGCAUGCAAUGUUACAUACUUUAUUUGGAAGAUCUUUAGGUUAUAAUUGCAAUUUCUUUAUUGAAUAUUUCGUUUUGGAUUUGAUUAUGGACGAAGAAGGAGUUUGUAGAGGAGUUAUCUGUAUGUCUAUGGCUGAUGGUACUAUUCAUAGAAUAAGAGCUCAUUACACUGUAUUAGCUGCUGGUGGUUAUGGUAGAGCUUAUUAAUCAUGCACCGCUGCGCAUACUUGUACUGGUGACGGUAUGGCUUUAGUUACUAGAGUUGGUUUACCUUUGGAAGAUCCUGAAUUUGUCUAAUUCCAUCCUACAGGUAUUUAUGGUUCGGGAUGCUUAAUGACUGAAGGAUGUAGAGGUGAAGGUGGUAAACUUAUUAAUUCAAAAGGAGAAGCUUUUAUGGAAAGAUAUGCUCCAACUGCUAAAGAUUUGGCUUCUAGAGAUGUUGUUUCUAGAGCUAUGACUAUGGAAAUCUUAGAAGGUAGAGGUGUAGGUGAAAAAAAAGACCAUAUAUAUCUAUAAUUAAAUCAUUUGAGUCCUGAAACUCUACAUACAAGACUUCCUGGUAUUUCUGAAACUGCUAGAAUAUUUGCUGGUGUUGACGUUACUAAAGAACCUUCUCCUGUGUUGCCAACUGUUCAUUAUAAUAUGGGUGGUGUACCUACUAAUUGGAAAACCGAAGUCUUGACCUAAGAUAAGGAUGGAAAAGAUAAGAUUGUUCAUGGAUUAUUGGCUGCUGGUGAAAAUGCAUGUGCUUCAGUACAUGGUGCAAAUAGACUUGGCGCUAACUCUUUACUCGAUAUUGUCGUUUUCGGAAGAGCUGCUGCUAAAUUGGUUAAGGAAAAACUUAAACCUGGUACCCCUCAUAAAGACUUACCUAAAGAUGCUGGAUUAUUAAGUUUGGAAAGAGUUGAUAAACAUAGAUAUGCUAAUGGUGAUUUUACUACUCAUUAAGUAAGAACUGCUAUGUAAGAAACUAUGUAAAGGCAUGCUUCAGUAUUUAGAAUCGAAAAAAUUUUAUCUGAAGGUGUUGAUAAAAUGGAAAAAAUUUAUUAGUAAUCAAAAAGCUUAAAAACCUUUGAUAGAGGUCUUGUUUGGAAUACUGAUUUGAUUGAAACCUUUGAACUAGAAAACUUAUUAUUAUGUGCUAAAUAAACUCUUUAUGCUGCACAUAAUAGGAAAGAAUCUAGAGGUGCUCAUGCAAGAGAUGAUUAUCCUGAAAGAAACGAUAAAGAAUGGAUGAAACAUUCAUUAUCUUGGGUCAAAGAUUUAGAUUCUGGUAAAGUUGAAAUCACUUUUAGAGAUGUUGUUAAUCAAACUUUAGAUGAAAGCGAAGUUAAACCUGUUCCUCCUGCAAAGAGAGUUUAUUGAUAAAAAUAUUUGAUUAACUUUUUUUAUUUUAUAUUUUAUAUUUUUUUAAAAAACAAUAUUAUAAUAAUAUUAAUUUUAUUUUUAUUUUAACG